GAAUUUUCCGAUGACAAGUUGUUGUUCAGCCGUGGUUGAUAGUGGAUUGCCGACGAUGACGGUAGUACCUGAACUUGUUGAUUGAAAUAUAUCAAAAGCCAAAAGGAUCUGGUUGGAUAUCUUUUUGUGGGAAGUGUACCGUGGACUUUAGGGUCUUCCGUAAAAAAAUCAAGAUGGCUGGGGAUGAUCCCCCAUUCCUUGUGGUAGGAACAGAAGUUAGUGCAAAGUAUCGAGGAGCCUUUUGUGAAGCAAAAGUGAAGAAACUAGUGAAAUGUGUUAAGUGCAAGAUAUUUCUGAAAGAAACACAGUCAUCUCUCCUUGUCACUGAUGAUGGUGUGAAAGGAAUCUUGAAGAAUGGAUCUACAGUGGAAGUUAAAAAUCCAGAGACAGGCAUGUUGACUGAGGGUGUCAUCACCAGACUUACAGACACAAGCAUGUACACUGUUGUGUUUAAUGAUGGCGAUGAGAAAACACUCAGGAGAACACAACUGUGUUUGAAAGGAGAAAAACAUUUCAUUGAAAGUGAGACCUUAGACAAUCUCCCUUUGUCUCAUCCUGAGCAUUUUGGAACUCCUGUGAUGCACAGCAAAAAUGUCAAGCGUGGAGGAAGGCAUAGCAUAGGGAAUGAUGAAGAUGAUGAUACAAGCUCUGAUGAAAGUAUCCCUAAACGUGCUGUGUACAAGGGCAGAUUACAGAACCUGGUAGGGAAGGUGAUGUUGGCCGAGAUGGGAGACAAGCGUAAACAACAGGUGCCUGUACUUGUGGUUCUGCCUGAUGCCCACAGCACUGAACUACGCACCAAGGAUCAUCUCCUUAUCAAAUCAUUUAAAGAUGGAAAAUUCCACUCAAUUGCUCGUAAAGACAUGAAGGAGUUUUCAAAGGAAACUGUUCAGAAAAAUGAAGACAAAACUUUGAAAGCAGCAUUUGAGAAAUGCAUUGCCUACUAUGACAACCAAGAUUUGCCCACCUCAUGGGAAAGAGAUGAGCUCCUUGGGACAGAUGAAGAAGAAAUUACAGAUGAUGAAGAGUCCUCUGAUGAUGAACCAAGUGAAGAGAAGGACAGAUUUGUAGCCCAGCUUUACAAGUUUAUGGAUGACAGAGGUACCCCAAUCAACAAAGGACCAACCCUUAGUAAUAAAGACCUGAAUUUGUAUAAGCUCUUCAAAGUAGUUCAGAAUAUUGGUGGAUACAAUAAGGUGACAAACCAAUUGAAAUGGCGAGGUGUUUAUGCCAAGAUGAGUCUACCACCUUCCAACACAGCUUCACACCAAAUAAAGAAUGCAUACAAGAAAUAUCUUCAUGCAUUUGAGGACUUUUAUCGUAAACUGGGCAGUUCUAUGGGAACUAUCAGUCGACCCGGGAGAAGUAGGAGUCACUCUGGCAGGGGAAUACAUGUACCUUUCAAGAAAGAAUCUGAUAAGAAAGAAAAAAAUCCACAGAAGAAGGAAGAUGUCAAGGAGUCUGAAGAAAAGCCAGAGUCAGAUACAGGAGAGAUUGAAGGGAAAGAAGCCCAGGAAACAGUAGUAAAAAGGGAACGUUCACCUAUAAAGCGAAUUAUGAGACAUGAAACAACACCAAAGAUGGACACCAAGAAAGAAGAGUUGAAGGAGAAAAAAGUUGAGAAAGACGAUUCUACACCAAAGAAAACUGUUAAAAAAGAACUGGCAAAGAAGGAUCCUGAUAGUGCUAAAAAGACAGCCAAGACUGUAAAAAAGGAAAGGGAAGAGGAAAAGAAGGCCAAGAAAGAGAUGUUAGCAGAACAGCAGAAGGAAAAAGCAAAUGAAGAAAAAGAGAAAGAAAAGGUGAAAGAGAAAGUACCACAAGAGAAAAAGAUUGUGCGUAGACGCUCGAUGAGGAAAGAUGAGAAAGAAAUGGACCUGAAAGGAGAUGAUGAAAAUUGCAAAGAGGAAGAGGUCAAGAAAGAUAAACCCGUAGACAAAGAAACUAAACCAAAAGCUAAACUAGUUACUAAAGAUGAAAAGAAAGAUAAGAAGGAUGAAAAGAAAGAGGACAAAAAGGAAGUUAAAAUAACAAGGAAAGAAAUGAAGAAAGCUGCUAAAGCAGAGGAGGAACCAAUGGAAAUUGAGAAACCUAAAACAGUGAAGAAAGAUGGAAAGAAAUCAAAGGUAGAGGAUGAUAAGUCUGAAGGAAGCGAGUCUGAGAAGCCAAAAGGAAUGCAGAAGAAGGAAGCUCUGAAGAAGGAGGAUCAUGAUAGUGAAGGAGGGUCUGUUACAUCAAAGAAGGAAAGCAAGGAUGUCAGGACAGAGAAAACACAAGAUGAGGAUAAGGAAGAUGAUGGCGAGGAGACUGAAACAGACAAGAAAUGGUCUGAAGAAGUGGAAAGCAGAACUGAUAUAAAUGCUGAAUUUCCAAAUGGUACCAGGCUUCAGGUUCGCUACGGACGAGGGAGGAACCAGAAAGUUUAUGAUGCAAAGGUUGUAGAAGCAGGACUGGACGGUUCACUGGUCCAGUACUUGGUACAUUAUGCAGGAUGGAAUAUGAGGUAUGAUGAAUGGAUAAAGCCAGAGCGUAUCGUGAAUGUCAUCAAUAGACCAGACUCUGACAAGAAAGUGAAGGACUUUUCACCGAAAUCUUCAAAGCAGCAGAUGCAGAUGAUUAACAAGAAGAGAGGAAGACCUGGAUCAAUCCCUUCACAGCCAAGCCCACCAAAACCUACCAUCAUAGUUGAAUCACGUCCUGGUCCUGUGAAGGCCAGAUCUCCAGCAUCUAGUACAAAACCUAAGUCUAGACCUACCAGAUCCAACAGUGUGGAAUUUAAAGUCAUAGAUGGAUUACCACCUAAGUGGAGGCGGACGAGGAGAAACUCUGGUGUAACAGAAUCUGAUGUCAAUUCUCAAGGUUCCGACUUUGAGGAUUUUGAUCAGUCUGAUCUGGACGCAGAUGAGAAGGAAGAUAUGUCAGAAUGUUCUCCUGAAAUGGAAGAACUGGAGAAAGACACAAGUGUAGAUUCAUUUGACGAGGAGGAUGAUAAGGAAAAAGAGAAGGAUGUUGAUGUAGCUUUAGAUAUGCCAAAACUAGAAAAGAAAGCAGAUGAACCAGAACUUCCAGUUCUGAAAGAGAUCAAAGAUAUUCCUGAAGAACCUAAAUCAAAAGCACAAAGCAGUAAAUCAACUACUGUGGAAUCUACUCCAGAAGUUGUAACAGCUGAGACAGUUGAGGCUGUUGAGCAGGACAAAGACAAACCAGAAACAGACCCCUCGGAAUCUGCACCUAAGUUGGAGGCUGUUGAGGAUCUGCCUACACCAACAAAUUCAGAACCAGCAGGUCAGGAGUCUUCCUCAUCAGAGAUAAAUUCAGACAAGUUUAAAAAAGAUGUGUUUAAGUGGGACAUAGAAGAGGAGGAGGGAGAGAAAGCUACCCCAAAAGAGGUUGUUACGGAGACUUCGGAAUCUUUGAAAGAACCAACUGAAAAUAUCUCAUCAGAUAUUGUGGCAGAAAAUACAGAAAAUGACGAAGAUAUGCCACCUGUGAUAGCACCAGUAUUAGAGAAACAGGUUGACAGCAAGGAAGUGUUGAAUGUUGAUGUUGACAAACCUGCUCCAGAAAUUAGACCUGAAGUUAUCAAAGCAGAUAAACAACAAGAAAAAGUGGAUAAAGUAGCUCCUGUGAAUGAUGUUUUCGAUAAGUAUGAAUUUCGGGAUGAUGAGGAAGAAAUAACUUUACCUGACCUACGUGCAGAAGCAGAGAAAGAAUUGAAAGAAAAACUGAAACAAGAGGCUGUAGAGAUGGAAAAAAGAAUAGUCAAAGGUAAAAAGAAGGAGACAAAAGAAAAGAAAGACUGCAAAGAAAAAGAAAAGAAGGAAGUAAAGAAAGGAAAGAUGACUAUGGCAGAAAGAAAAAUGGUUAUACUACCUGAAGGAACACCAGAUGUUGAGUAUGAACCGCCACAGAAAAAGGCAAAAGAAGAAAAACCAUCUCCAGCAGAAAAAGUGCCCGAGGUAUCUACAGAGACAGCCAUGUCAACAUUAGACAAAGUGAUCAGUAGUGUUUGUGAUAAAGCUAGGGAGUUUGUUAUGGAGGAAACGGAAGGAGAGAAGAAAAAGGUUAAGAAAAAGGUAAAGAAAAAAGAAGUUGAACUGACAACACCAGAUGUAAAAAGAGAGACAGCAAAGAAAGAAACCAGUAAGGGCAUAAAACCAGUGAAAAGUGAGAAAAUUCUUAAUAAGGGGAAAGGUAAAAAGAGCAAAGACAGUGAAGGAGAAACAGAACAGUUAACGGACAAUUCAGUUAGUACUUCAGUCAGAACUGAAGGCAAGAAUGAGUGUGCAAUGUCUCCAUCUGUUACUUCAUCACAUGAUACAGGCAGUGAUCAAAAUAGAGCUGUGAUAAAUCCUUCAUUAGACAGUAACCUGCAGAUGCUUUCGGGUGUUGAACUUUUGUCAGGAAUAGCUCUAAUGAAUGCAAACGAGGUGAUCAGUGGUAGAAUGGACUAUGGUGAUCCUUCAAAGGAAGCGAGCAAUAGCUCUGCUGUUAAUACUGUGCUUGACAAUACCCCACCCACCACUCCUGAGCAUGAUGACUCGGAUGGUGCUCCGUGUACUUCUCGGGAUCAUUCCUCAUCACAAGAGUCUCAAAAUAAAUCAGACAUUGACAAUGGUGCUGAAAAUGAACGGCAAUCAGUAGGGGGUGAAUCUCCACAUGGUAAUGCUAGUCCAUCGUCAAACGAUGGCAGUGUCGGUAGUGGUAAUGUGGCUUGCUCUGAAAGCAGCAAUUUAGAUGUGCCAGUAUCCUCAAAUCUCGGUAAACGGAGGAAAGAAUCUGAAGAGCCUACGCCAACAAAGAAGAAGAGGAAGGGAAAAUCAAAAAUGACAUCUGAACGCAAAACAUCAAAAACAGUAGGUAGUGACAGUGAUGAAGGAAAUGAGGGAGAAUGCAGUCAAGACCCUGCUUCAUCAUCAAACAGCAAAUCAACUUCACACUUACCUGGUGCAGCUCACUCGCCACGCCCAUCCCGCUACAAUCUCAACCUGGAGGAAGGAAAGUAUCUGGAGGGAGAGAAAAGAAUAGCAUUCUUGAUGGAAAAAAUCCAGGAAAUACGCAAAGUGUAUAUGAACUUGAAAGCUGAAGUGGCCUGUAUAGAUAGGCGAAGAAAGCGAGCUCGGAGAAAAGAAAGUGUUCAACACUCUUCAACAGCAGCUGAAACCGAAUAUUGUCGGUGACAGGGCCAGUAUCAAGAGGUUUUGUACUCACCAUCAUCAUCAUCGUCGUCAUCAUCGCUCAUUAUUUCAUCAUCAUUAUACCGUGCUUUUGUUGACAACUUUACAUGACUGCCAUCCUAAAUCAUGCUGCAGAGUACUGUACACGUAUGUGUCAUUGGUUGCAGUGUUAUUCCAUGGCAUGUUACAGGAUAAAUAUCAUUUACCUAUUUAUAUACAUUAUUACUACUGAGCAUUCAAAUUGUUGGUGCAUUUUAUAGUUUGUGCAACAGAUGUUUGUAAAUCACGGGGGGGUCAGUUUUCUCAAUUUUGGUAAAUGUUCUAUAUUCAAGUACACUCUAGAAAAAGAUAUUUCAGGAUUGGAAGCAAGCUAUAUUCUGUUAAAUGGUCAUUUGUUUAGAUACUUAAACCAAUGUUGUUUUACUGCAAAUGACAUAUGUUUAACUGGCUAACUAAAUAUACUUUAACUCUUUGCCCCAUCUUGGCCUUUUUUUUAAACAUCUCUAUCAGUAUCUGAUGUUUUGGAGGAUUCUAUACUACUUUAAAUGUACAAUAUUUUGAAACUAUGCUGUUUUGGAUGAUAUAAAAAAAAAGACAAGCAAAAUUUCUCAAAUUACAAGCAAUUGAAAGAACUGAAAUAAAAAUUUCAGCAUUCAAAUUCAGUUUUAAGGAAGACCAAAGUAAAGUUAAUCUAUUAUCUACAUUUUGAAGAUAUGCAAUGAUUCUUAACAUUGUAAAACGACUGUGUUACUGCCUUAUUGUAUUGUCUCCACUAGGGAUAGAAGUUGGGACCAGUCUCCCCACACACGAGUCAGUCUGAGUAUGAAGUACUAAUAGUAUUUUGCUGGGUUCACUACCCGCAGUCACUGCCGAGAAAGAUAUUGACCUAAGUUUCUCGUGUAUUGGUUGUGACAGCAUGGCCUAUUUAGUUCGUCAGUAUUUUCCAUGUCACUCAUGGGUGCUAACAUAUGUGAGAGGUCAUUAUUUGAAGUUCUUCCUUGAAAUUGAAUCUGAACAUGUUGUUUACUCAUUUGGAUGAACUUCAGAAUAAGAUCUUUAAGAAAUUGUUAUUAGCCUAGGUGAUAGAAAGGCCCUAUUAAUAUCCCAGACAAUUAUAAUACAUGUAAUAUUUUUUCCUCCAUCAAGAAAACAAUGACGGGCAUGAUGGGGCAAGGCGUUAAGAUGUAUAACAUACUAAAGGUAUAGCAGUUUUAUCAACAGCCUGAACACAAUUGUUCAAAGGGAGGGGGUGCAUUAGGGAGGGGGAUGCAUUGUACUUAAAGGAGUCAAUGAGGAAUGCAAGGCAGCAGUGUUUGGCUGUGAUUUUCUUAUUAUUACAUGAAUUGUUGACUUUUUGAACAAAUAUGUUUUAAGCAUUAAGUUUAACUGGAUUCCAGUGUGCAACGUGUAGGGGCCUACUGAUUGUAUUUGCUUUUUUUGCUAUUACUGUAUAUGGCAAUACAAAAGUAUUCCAUAGAUAUUUUGCAAUGAAGAGUUUUGCAAAACUAAUGUGAAGAUUUUUAUAUUUAUUUAUUUAUUUGUUACUUGACAAAUACAAAUUUUUACUGAAGUUUUGUUUUUGACUUGCAUAUUUUUGUUGUAUUCAUUUUUGAGCACCAAUACAGAAAAUAGCAUGACCUGUCGUACGCCUUCACUGGUUUGUGUCUCCUAUAAUAUCAUGGGCACGGUAAAUAUUCAGUGAUAUUUUUAUGCAAAUUAUGCAGGAGAUUCGUUAUGCCUGUCUUGAUAUAUAAAUGUCCAAAGAUCAACCUUGCAUAUUAAAGCAAAAUUGAAUUGUUCAAUCAACUAAGUACGGGUAUGGGUGAGGAUCUCUGCAUUCAUUGUUAUUCACAAUUUUAUAUGUAAGUAAUGUGGGUACAUGGUAGAGAAACUGCUGAGUUUGUAAAAUCAAAUGCAUGAAAGAUAGAACUUUGAGCAUACAUUUUCCGACAAAUACAGCAUAAUGUUUUAUAAGAAAAAUAGUUUUGUAUAAAAUCACAGGAGAGUUUGGAGGGGGGGGGGAUAGUCACACAGAUAUUUGAAUUUCUGUUCUAAACAGCAUUAGUUAUUGUGUGACAAAUAUGACGUUAUCAUAAUGACUCCAUUAACAUCAUUACACUCAAAACCGCAAUGUCUUUUUGUAUGUUGCAUCACAAUAAGCCAAUUUUCCUAUUUCAAGACAAAACACAUUCCUCAAGAGAAUAUUUAAUGGAGUAUUGUUAAACACAGAUUUAAAGUUGAAUUAUGCUCUACAAAUUCUAGUCUGAAAAGCACGUUUUGGGCCAUGCAUAUUUGUGUAUUUAUAAGAAAUAUUGGUGUUAUUAAGUGAAUACUACAGUAGAACUAGUCCCUGUUUGUUUAACAUUAGCGUGCUACUCUCUUGGUGGGGGAUGCAUAAGUAAGACUAUUUUUUUAUACCACUAAACCACACCACACUAUCAGCAUUGUAUAGCAAGGGUUUUGUUCUUGGGGAGGAAGUCUUUUGUCCUUCAAUGUCCUCAGUGGAACUAUUCUCCAUGUUUUUCCAUAUCAUCUCUAUCAGCAACUACAGCUGUCUGGUUUUAUCCUGAUGGAUGUGUGUGAUUCCAAAGUUGGGUCUAGUUUUUUUUAAGGAUUCCUAUGUCCUUAAUAGCUUCAAGAGAGGAAAGGCCAACAAAUCUGAAAUUGUCUUCCAAAAACUAGAAUUGUUGGCAGUGUUGGUGGUUGCUGAUGUAAUCUGUUCAAAUACGAUUAGAAGUCAUCAGUUAAAAGUGUCGGCCAUGUAUUAAAGUGCUAUUUAAAAUUAGAAGAGCACCUGUGUUUGUUAGCUGGUGAAAGCUAUGAUACUAGAUAGUCUUUGUUGUAUGUGUAAAUUUUAUUGAAGUAAAUUAUAUGAUGACAUUCUUAUAAAAAAUGAAAUGAGCAAUACUAUCAUGAUGUUUGUGAUAUCAACAAGAUAUUCUGAAGAUUGUGAUACUGUUCAAACCUUUCCGAAGCUUUAGAUAUUGUCAACUUUGAAUUCUACAAUACAGUAUUUCAUUUUCAUCCCGGUUUUGUAGGCAAUGAAUUUUAAUGGUAUGAUAGAACUGAUCAAUAUGUUUUUUUAGAGAACUUCAGAAAAUCUACAAUAUACAUGUAAAUAGAAUUAAUUUCAUUUAAGCAAUGAACAGUGGUUUUAAUGUUGUUAUAGUUGAUAUGGCAGCAAGAUGUAUGGUGGGCAAAUGGC